AGGAAGAGACCGACCUAGAAGGAGGAAGAUGGCCCUCUUGGACGUGUGCGGUGCCUCUGCCAGAUCCUGGGACUGGGUCCCCCUGGGUCUGGGAGGCUCCCCUUUGGGGCACUACGCCUUCGGGGUGAAGGAACCCCGCAUCGCCCUCCCUCUGGGGCAGAAACCUUCUGAGUUCCUGCAGACCCACUGCGAAGGCAGUGGCGAUGGGCACCGGAUCGAGAUGGCCCACGGCACGACCACCCUGGCCUUUACCUUCCAGCAUGGCGUCAUUGUAGCCACCGACUCCCGGGCAUCAGCUGGCAAAUACGUUUCUACUCUACUUUUCAACAAAGUGAUCGAGAUCAAUCCAUACUUGUUGGGGACCAUGUCCGGAAGUGCUGCUGACUGCCAAUACUGGGAACGUCUCCUGGCCAAACAUUGCAGGCUCUAUUACCUGCGCAACAAGGAACGGAUCAGCGUUUCGGCAGCCUCCAAACUGUUGGCCAACAUGUUGAUCGAAUACCGUGGGAUGGGCCUCUCCGUGGGCAGCAUGGUGUGCGGAUGGGACAAGAAGGGUCCUGGCCUUUAUUACAUAGAUGAUAACGGGGUACGCUUGAGUGGACCCCUCUUUUCCACGGGAAGCGGAAACUCAUACGCAUACGGGGUGCUGGACAGUGGGCACCGCCCUGAUCUAACUGUGGAGGAAGCCUAUGACCUUGGCCGGAGAGCAAUCUCUUACGCCACCCAUCGGGAUGCCUAUUCGGGUGGAGUGGUGAACAUGUACCACAUGAAGGAAGACGGUUGGAUCCGAGUUGGACGGACUGAUGUCAGUGAACUGCUCUACCAGUAUUCGGAGGCCAAGAAGUGAAAGCGAACUGGUGGCCGAUGAGGAACUGCAAAGAACUGCAAAUAUUGGAGAGAUGUUUGGACACUCAGGGCAAGAGGAAAAGGGACAGAAGCAAAGUGCAGCAAACGGGGCAAUAAUAAAGUAUCUCUGACUUUU